UCUUAUAAUAUUUAAUCAAGUUGAGUUAGUGAAGAUUGUAACAUUGUCUGCGCAAGACAACGUCAAUUUUAUUCUCACAUAAACUGUUUGUUCAUUUGGUCUAGUGCUUUUUGUUUAAUUUUUUUUUUGUUUUAAAUUCUUUUAACUUUUUUCGGUUUAAAUUUUCCUAUUUUCCAUUAUGAACAACUUGAGACGAUUGAUCACAUCGAGCAAGAUUUGCAAAACAGCAAUCAAGCAAAAUGCACUAUUCAGUUCUUCAACCACUACUGGAACACCAUCUCCUGUAACAUUCCUUACAGAAGAUGAAAGGGUCAUGAAAGAGACGGUGGCAAAACUGGCACAGGAACAAAUUGCACCGCAUGUUAAGAAAAUGGACGAAACGAAUUUAUUCGAGCCAUCCGUUGUGCAAGCCUUAUUUGACAACGGUUUAAUGGGCAUUGAAAUUGGAAGUGAUUAUGGUGGCAGUGAAUGUAAUUUUAUGACCACAAUGCUUGUGGUCGAAGAACUGUCCAAAGUUGAUCCGGCUGUGGCUGCCUUCGUCGACAUCCACAAUACACUUGUAAAUAAUUUGGUCAUGAAAGUGGCAAACAAGAAACAGAAAGAGAAAUAUUUACCGAUGCUGGCACAACAAUGUUCCGGUAGUUUUGCGCUGACAGAGCCGUCGUCUGGCUCGGACGCUUUUGGAUUGAAAACGACAGCGAAAAAGGACGGAAGCGACUACAUAAUCAACGGUCAAAAAAUGUGGAUAUCUAAUUCAGAUGUGUCUGGCGUGUUUCUAGUAUUUGCUAACGUUAAUCCAUCGGCGGGCUAUAAAGGAAUAACAACUUUCUUCGUUGAUAGAGACACACCUGGGUUUGUCGUGGGUAAGAAAGAAGAUAAGCUAGGUAUUCGUGCAUCCGGUACAUGCACUUUACAUUUCGAUAAUGUUCGUGUUCCUGCUGAAAAUGUCUUGGGUGAAGUCGGCCACGGUUAUAAGUAUGCUGCCGGUUUUCUGAAUGAGGGUCGUGUGGGCAUCGGAGCGCAAAUGGUUGGAUUGGCCCAAGGUUGUUUCGAUGCUACGAUACCAUACCUGCUGGAGCGAAAGCAAUUCGGAAAAGAAAUUUACGACUUUCAGGGUUUGCAACAUCAAGUUGCCACAAUCGCAACCCAAAUUGAAACAGCUAGAUUGCUGACAUACAACGCAGCUCGUAUGGUUGAAGCUGGAGUGCCAUUUUUAAAAGAAGCCGCCAUGGCUAAGUACUGGGCAUCUGAGGUUGCCCAAGUUACAACCAUCAAAUGUAUUGACUGGAUGGGCGGUGUAGGCUUCACGAAAGAUUUUCCGCAGGAAAAGUUCUACCGAGAUUGUAAAAUUGGAGCCAUUUAUGAAGGCACAACCAACAUGCAAUUGUCGACCAUAGCUAAGACCAUCCGUAAAGAGUAUUCGUCUUGAACUUAACGUUUUGUGGGCACCAGAUCCGUUCCAUUUUUAUAACAUGUUUAGCCAAAAAAAGUGUUACUUCGCUCAUUCACAAAGUGAAAAAUUCAAAAGGCAGGCGUGGUGGAAAUUUUCGUUUUUUACAU